UCCCCUGACUCUGACUGACUGACUCCUCGCCGUCGCCCAUUCGCCCUCACUGAGUUCAUUACUUCCCUUCCGGCGGGCCAGAGGAUCGAUUGAUCGAUCGAUCGAUCGAUCAAUUACUUUUCUUCAUUAUAGAUCUUUCUUUUCUUUCUAUCUUCAUACAACAAAUUCCGUCUCUAAUCUAUCCUUUAUGAAUCGGAUGGCACAAUGUCGAUUGUCUUUGCUUCUGUUCUACUCAUGUUACCUCGCCGUUGCAAUCCACGCAAGUGCUGGCGACGCCGAUCCGCUUUACAGUAAUUGUGUUGAGCAAUGUCAGAAAACUGGAUGCAAAUUCUCUUCUGAUGGAAAACCUAUGGAAGGCCCUUGGUAUCUGCAAGAACCAAUGUACCUGCAGUGGAAACAAUGGGACUGCCUUAGUGAAUGCAGAUACAACUGCAUGCUUACCCUAGAGAAAAAGAGAAAUAGCCUUGGUGGUAUGCCUGUCAAAUAUCAUGGAAAGUGGCCGUUCCAACGUGUUUAUGGCAUGCAGGAGCCUGUCUCUGUGGCACUGUCUGCUCUUAAUCUUGCCAUGCAAUUUCAUGGUUGGGUAUCAUUUUUCGUGUUGGUAAACUACAAACUUCCUUUGAGGCCAAAUAAGAGUACAUACUAUGAAUACACGGGCUUGUUACAUGUUUAUGCGAUUUUUGCAAUGAACUCUUGGUUAUGGAGUGCUGUUUUCCAUACCAGAGAUGUGGAUUUGACAGAGAAGCUAGAUUAUUCUUCGGCAGUGGCCUUACUUGGGUACUCUCUUCUUCUCGCUGUACUACGAGCAUUCAAUGUGAGACUUGAGGCUGCCAGGGUAAUGGUUGCUGCUCCGAUAAUUGCAUUUGUGACAACCCACAUCUUAUACUUGAACUUGUACGAACUUGAUUAUGGAUGGAACAUGAAAAUCUGCUUGGCUAUGGGCAUAGCUCAGCUUCUGGUGUGGGGAAUCUGGGCGGUCAUGAGCCGCCGCCACCCUUCAAGAUGGAAGUUAUUGGUGGUAGUUAUGGGCAGUAGUCUGGCCAUGCUUCUUGAGAUUUACGACUUCCCUCCUUACGAGGGUUUUGUGGACGCUCACGCCCUUUGGCACGCCACGACGGUUCCCCUGACCUAUAUAUGGUGGAGUUUUAUCAAAGACGACGCCCAGUUCUGCACCACAAAUCUGAUCAAGAAGACCAAAUAGUUAUUCCUCUUUUUUCUUAUUAUUGAUGAUUGAUUGAUAGGAUAAGUAAUUCAAUGUUCUUGCUAUUUUCCACUUGUUUUCUUCAUGUAUAAAUUUGUACUUCUCUAUAUUCUUCUUCAGUUGAUUUUUGAU